AUUUCCCAUCAAUACCCACCAAAGCCAGUCUCCAGCCACUCAGGACUGACAAAAAGUAACCGACGGAGAAGAAGAAAAUAUGAAGAGAAAGCGCCGGGAAACCCCGCCGAGGACGGCGAAGAAGAAGCCUCUUCCCGAGAAAAUGGGUGAGAAAAAGCCUGGGCCAUCAAAAUCAGUCUUUAAUUUCAUUGAAGAACCAGAGACACCCACGCCCACACCCAAAAUGUGGAGUUUAAAAAUUAAUGAAGAGGAUUGGUUAAAGUCCAAGAUCAUUUUGUAUUCAACUUUCGAUGUGAUUCAAAAGAUAAAAAAUAAGCUAACAAGUAAACAAUUGGAGAUGUUCAGAAAAACCUGUUUCGGACACUUCUUGGAUGCCAAUGCGUUCCAAUUCUCUGGUCAAAUCGUUCAUCACAUUCUCUUGAGGGAAGUAGAACAACCUAAUGUAGAAGAGAUGUGGUUUGAUAUCUGCGGAAUGCAGUUGAGAUUUUCCAUGCACGAGUUUGCUCUAAUAACUGGUUUGAAAUGUUUUGAAUGUCCAAAGGUAUCGAGAGUUGAAAUCUCUGGGAAUAGGUUUCUUGAAAAGUAUUUUCCGAGAAAAAAAGUUAGUAGGGAGCUUGUGGAUAAAGUGUUUGAUGAUUACGAUGGAAGUAAUGAUGAGGAUUGUGUGAAGCUAGCUCAAUUGCAUCUAUUGGAGAAUAUGUUGUUGGCCAAGGAAAAGCAGAAAUUAGUAGAUCUUGAACACAUCAGGCUACUUGAUUUUCCUGAAAUCUUUAACAACUACCCUUGGGGCAGAGUCUGCUACUCUUAUACACUUGGGUACCUUCAAAGGGCACUGGCAAAUAGAGUUCCCAAGUUUAAGGAGAGGCAAAGGAGGAAUCCCAGUCACCACUGUGAAACUUAUCAUUUAGCUGGAUUUCCUUUUGCCCUUCAAGUAUGGGCAUAUGAAAGCAUACCAGCACUGGGGAAAUUAUUUGCUGAGAAAAAAGGUUCCAAUAUGCCUCGGAUUCUAAAUUGGGGAGAAACUCAGCAACCAAAUUGGAAGAUGAUACAGAAGUCAGUAUUCGCUCGAGAUGAGGUAGAAGUUGUUAUUUUGAAGCCCACAAAACUUGAAAAAAAGGCUGAUUACAUGAAUAAAGCAGUUACAAAGAAAACACCAGAUAAAGGUUACCUAACAGCUUCUCUUGCUAAAGCUAUAGUUGCUCAUUCUGAUGAUGAGAACCAUACAGAGUUUCGUCCUCGACGAGGAAGUUCAGCUGUUCAGUUUGACAUAAAACAGGAAUUUUCGUCUUUCAGAGAUGAAAUGAGAGGAGUUUUGACUUCCCUCAAGGAACAAAUUGUUAAGAUAAAUGAAAAAGUUACUAGCCUAGAUGUUGACAAGGUUGAGAUGGGGAAAAAACUCACGAACGUUGUUAACGCCUUAUAUGAUAUCGAGUCUGAGUUAAAAAGUGGCGAAAGUAGGUUUGAAAUUCUUCACAAAAAUAGGAAAAUGUCGAUAUCAAGUAAGGACAAAGGAGUACAUGAAGUAGAAGAAGACAAUGGUGAUAAUGAUGACAACAAAACUGCAAAAGAAAAUGGAGAUAAAAUGCAAUUGGAUUUUGACCAACCUAUUAGAAUUGGUGUAAGAGGUAAUCAAUCAAAUUCAUUUGGUAUCUUGGCAGAUUGCACUCUUAAUGUUGCAGACGACGACAGCAUGCAAGAUAAUCAAAGGGGUAUUGGUGAUGAUGCUGUAGCAGAAAUGCCUAAAGAAACAAAUAAGGAUGAGAUGGUACAACAAAUAGAAAAUAUAGAAGAACAAUCGUUGGAUAAAAUAGAAGGUCAUCUAUCUCAGCAAGAGGGACAUAAAGAGACAGGACUUUCUGAAACAAAUCCAUCACUGGGUAAUAUAUUGGUGGAGGUUCCUGAGAACCAAGAUGAGAUUCCUCCAAUACAAGAAGAUGUCCAGGAUAAUGUUGUUAUGGCAAUUAAACAAGAGGAGCAGAAAGAUAAAUCAGCCAAGGGAGGAGAACAACAUUAAAAAGUGGUGACCCAACCAGAAGCACCAAAAAGAGUGAACAUGAGAUUAUCAAGGAUUGGACAAUGAAAGCGGUUGGAAUGCUUCAGCAGCACCGGACUGAUUUUCUUCAUUUUAACUUUGCCGAAGAAAGCUAGUAAUCUUGUUGAACAUGUAAUUUGAUUUGCCAGGAAUAAUUCUACUAGUUUAGAAAAUUAUGCUUUGGUAUUUGUAGUUUUUGGCUUUAAGUUUAUUGCGAAUUUGAGAUAACUGGAAUUUUAGAUUCAGCCCGUUUUGCUAUGAAAUUCGGCUGUGCCUGCAGUUGCUAGGACUCAAGGCCUUUCAAGCCUGGUCCUAAAUGAAUGAAUAAUGGUUGAAUGGUUUACCAAA